AUGCGUCAAAGAAUUACUUUCCUUCAGCAGCCUCAGGAUGCAGUUGAUCCUCAGAAUAUCAUAGUCUCCAAGAAGUCGAUCACAGCAAAACAUAUAAAAGCUGCGAGAGAGGACCGAGUAACCUUGAGCUUUAGUGAACUUCCUCAAGAAAUAUAUCGGGUCUUGAAAGCAUCCCAUGAGCUUCAUAUCCGAUGGGUCAGUCCAACCCAAUAUGAUACAGCUUCACCUCUACUUUCAAGACUUUCUCCGGGCCUUCAUGUGUUCUAUAGUCCACAGAGGAAUAGCAAUAAUUCAGAUCUCUUGUGUCCUGCUUUAAGAAAAAUAUUCGGAGAAAUCGAUUGUGUGUCUCCUGAUGACUCAUUUACAAAGCUGUCCGUUGAACGAUUUGCUUCAAAUGCUGCAACACAAUAUUAUCAACCUCUUGAGGAUCUCACAAACCUUGUUGAGUAUAUACAGCAAAAGAUUUGUAAUGAUUCAGAUAAAGAGUGUCUCUUGAGGGCCAAUACUCUUCUUCAUGCAUCUUCUGUUGAUAUAGAUUUUGACGCAAUAUCUCAUGCCAUGAACACAGUUGCCUAUUGGGAACCUCAAACAUGGGAUCUUGAAGUCACAAAUUUAGCAUCAAAAGACCGUGUAGAAGUUGGCAUACUGUCCGUUGAAACACCGUUGCAGCCCGAAGAGCUCUCAUUAGCUGGCUUCUUGACUGUAGUGGGCGAAGACACCAAAACGUCCCCUACAUUAUUCGCCUUCUCAGCUAGACACCAUUCCACAGAAACCUUUUUCACCUCGUCCUUCAUGUCACCUUCUGGUCUUCAUCCUACCUUACAACUCAUGCUUAGCUCUAGUUCACCCCCUGCAUCAGACCGGGAAUGUUCGUUACAUGCUCAUCUUACUUUACCUCGUACCAUAUUUCCCGAUAAAUAUCAGCUAUCUGAUCCCCUAUUCCUGGCAUCCAAAAACCUAAAGGUUCUCCGCCAUAUCACCUCGCCAGUCGACCUCGAAGCUCCAGACUACGCAAUGAACAUCUGGGGUUCUUCUCUACUACUUGAACUCGCACCACCUCAGUCGACCCAAUCAUUCACAGCAGAAAUUUCUCUUCAUCUGCGAUAUCUCUCUCCUACCAAUAACACAGAUGGCUAUACGCCUAUAGAGAUCCCAUACCCAGUCGUAUUCUGGGCAUGCACAGCAGAUGAAGGUAGCAAGUUCUCCGUCAAUCCAUUUGAUCGGGUCAAUCUAGGUUAUGAUGGGUUGUUUGGGCCACAGACUAUGUUUUAUCAUGUUUCGCCAGUAGCUGUACCUGAUGGUAGAUUAAUGAAUACUGUCAUUGUACCAGUACUGGACUUGAAUAAGAGCAAAUGGGUGGAGAUGGGAACCGCCAGCGUGGUUUUAAUGGGAUUCUUGUGGGUUGUCUGGUGCUUGUUUAGUGUUUGGAGAAGGGAAGGAUAUGGCAAAGGAUCAAAGGGGGAGAAGGUAGAUACAAAGAAGAAGCAAUAG